AUGGUCGGGGAUAUGCUGCGGCAGAUGCGCGUGGUGGAGAGGCAGGUCACCAGCUUGGCGGCCAAGGGCAACCAGAUCCGGGCCAUGGGCAAACUCGACCUGCAGACGAAGGCCAACGAGAAUGCCACGCUGGUGCAGGAGCUGAACCAGCUGCGGAUGUUGAAGAGCUCGCUUCAGCGGAAGGUCCGGGAUCUCUCCUCGAGGCUUUCAACCCUCGUCCCGGGGACGGAGAAAGGGGCGAUCAAAGGCGGGCAGGCGACGGCGCAGCUUCCAUCUCCACCUCCGGCCCUUGGGGCCGUGACGGGGCCCCCACCGGGCAUGCCCGGCCCGCGGCAGAACACCUCAUCCCGGGAGCUGCUGGAGGAUGCUCCAUCGCCCGUCUUGAAGCAGCCGGUGCAGCUAGCGCCGGUCGGGUCCUCCUCGCAAGAGCUUUAG